AGCGCCGGGGCUGCUCUCAAUCUCCUGGCUGCGAGGAGGCAGCCCCGGCGAGCUGCUGUGCGCCCCGUCCAGAGUAUCCGGGGUGCAGGAUACAGCGUCCUCCGCAGCGCAUCUGCCCGCAAUUCUCGCCGCCCUGACUUUGCGUUCCAGUCCCGGCUUCUGGUGGGCAACAUGUCAAGAGCCGUCGCCGCUGCAGCUGCCGCCGCCACCCGGGAAAGAGCCUCAGCCUCGGCAGCAGCGCGCACACGAGGGCAAUAAACCGAAUCCUUCGGGCGCAGAGCGGCAGGGGACCCUCUUGGUGUUCUCUGCUCCGGCAGGACUCGCGCCAUGUGCUGAGCCAUGCCCCUGGCCGCGCCAGCCGGCCGCGCAUGGGGCAGCGCCUGAGCGGCGGCCGGUCCUGCCUCGAUGUCCCGGGCCGGUUCCUGCCGCAACCGCCGCAGCCCCCGCCGCCGGUGAGGAGGAAGCUCGCGCUGCUCUUCGCCAUGCUCUGCCUCUGGCUCUACAUGUUCCUAUACUCGUGCGCCGGCUCUUGCACCGCCGCGCCCGGCCUGCUGCUUCUGGGCUCGGGAUCCCGCGCUGCUCACGCUCAGCCAGCACUGGUCACAGCUCCGAAUGAGACAUUCCCUAAGAUGCCUUUUCGGGCGUCGCUGGCUGCAGGCAAGGAUAAGACAGUAGUCGCCGGGAGUCAAGAGGAGCAGAGUCCGGAGGCACCGGACUCCCCCAGCCCCAUCUCCAGCUUCUUCAGCGGCUCUGGGAGCAAGCAGCUGCCGCAGGCCAUCAUCAUCGGCGUGAAGAAGGGCGGCACGAGGGCGCUGCUGGAGUUCCUGCGCGUGCACCCCGACGUGCGCGCUGUGGGUGCCGAGCCUCACUUCUUCGACCGCAGCUACCAUAAGGGCCUCGCCUGGUACCGGGACCUGAUGCCCAGAACCCUGGAGGGACAGAUCACCAUGGAGAAGACGCCCAGCUACUUCGUGACCCGGGAGGCACCAGCGCGCAUCUCUGCCAUGUCCAAGGACACCAAGCUCAUCGUGGUGGUGCGCGACCCCGUGACUAGGGCCAUCUCGGACUACACGCAGACGCUGUCCAAGCGGCCGGACAUCCCCAGCUUCGAGAGCCUGACGUUCCGCAACCGCAGCGCGGGCCUCAUCGACACGUCCUGGAGCGCCAUCCAGAUCGGCCUGUAUGCCAAGCACCUGGAGCCCUGGCUGCGCCACUUCCCGCUGGGCCAGAUGCUUUUCGUGAGCGGGGAGCGGCUGGUCAGCGACCCGGCCGGGGAGCUGCGCCGCGUGCAGGAUUUCCUGGGCCUCAAGCGCAUCAUCACCGACAAGCACUUCUACUUCAACCAGACCAAGGGCUUCCCAUGCCUCAAGAAGGCGGAGGGCAGCGGCAAGCCGCACUGCCUGGGCAAGACUAAGGGUCGCGCGCACCCCGCCAUUGCGCGCGAGGUGCUGAGGCAGCUGCGUGACUUUUACAGGCCCUUCAACCGCAAGUUCUACCAGAUGACCGGCCGCGACUUCGGCUGGGACUAAGUCUCCCCUCGGGGCUUAUCUAUUGAGAGAGAUUAUAUGUAUGUAAAAUGUACAGAAAUCUAUUUUAUAAUAAUUUAUUUUUAAUUCACAAGCAAUUAAUUCACUAAGCUGCCUAGCCACACUCUGCAGAGUUCGAGUCACGGUCUGUUAACAUUCCAAAGUGUUUAUCUCCGACGUUUUGUUCUGUCCCUCACAAUCGAUGGUGCUUCCUCCCCUCCCCAUUGUAUUUAAGAAGAAGAAAAGCACAACUUGAGAUUUUGUUCGGUACGGGUAUUCAGCCGUUAAUCACCUUGGGUCCUCCAGGGGCUCUCUCCCUGGGUCUUGGCUGCUUCAGCCGGUUGUAAUGUUUUCUUACCUGGGUACCUCCUGGAAGUACCGAGCUGUCUCAGCGUGCUGUAGUCUGAAGGUGGGACUCACACAAGCGGUUCAUCACCCUCGCUGAUAAGAGCACCAACGUGAGUUUCCUUCACCUCCCUUACAGGGGCCCAUGUCCUUAUGCCCCCCCCCACCCCCAGUCCCCUUCUGCACUAUCCCUCUGUCCCUUUUAGCCAGCUGGAAGUGUAUGCAAACAAUUGACCCCUUUCCCAGAUCCCAGGAGUGAGACACUCAGAGCGCUGCUCUCCAUAAGAGAUGGCAUCUCAUUUGCAGAAGCGUGCAUGCAUCACACCGUGAUGCUUUCCUCAGUCAUGCAGCUCUGCUGUGACACCAAAGAGUCCCCCAGGCUUCCAUACAGAUCCAUUGGCACAAACCCAGGCUGCUGGAUGCCGAGACCCACAGGGCUCAGAUGUAUCCUUUGCCGCCAGCGUUUAGAGAGGUUUUGCUACAUGUAGGCCCAGCUGGCUCUGGAUAGUAGGCUCAUAGCCUCAGCGGAGAGAAAAAGACAAAACCCUCAGAUAUGAUAAGCAGCCUGGCAGAAGAGGGGGACACACAGCCAAAUGCGUAGGCCAUCCUAGAGGCGCUCUGUCGGCAAUGACCACAGCAGGCUUUGAAGGCUGUCCUAGAGGGCCCAGGCUGGGAAAGCCGGCUUCAGGUGGCUUGUAGGCACUCAAGUCUAACAUUUAUACAGCCUCCUCCGAAGCAGUGGGGUCUUAGCAGAACAGUUGCCAGCUCUGUUACUAAUAUGCAGAUGAUUCUCCCUGUACCUCUGUGUUAGGAGGACACUUGGGGAGGUCCUCUGGCUAGUUAGUGGCAUUUGUAUAACUGUGUGGUGACAUUACAUCAUGAUAUACUUAACUUCCUAAACCAGAAUGCUUCUACCCCCAAAGGGUUGUUAUCUGAGUUAGACUUCCAUCGAAAAUGCAUGGGUGUUUGGAAUGCCUGCACUGUGGUAUUUGCAAAGGAUUAUUUUGGAUAUUUUAUGGGCUAACUUGACUGGAUGAGCAAAGUUAACGUGGACAGAGAAGACAUCCUGUCUUUAGACACUAGUGAGAGGUGUCCAUGGUCUAUAGGGAUAUUUUGGUAACCAAAUUUGUGAUUUUUCUGUAAAUUAUAGCCCAGCUUGAAUUAGCUUAUUCUGAGCAACAGAAUGGUCCCUGGACAAGCUCAGAGUGGGAAGAAGGCGGUUAUUGGCUGUUUGUUCCUUAGAUGUUACAUCCAUUUCUUUCCUCUUUUCUGCAGAGCUGAGGGUAGAAUCCUGGGCCUAUGCACACUGGGCAAAUACUGAGCCACAUCUCCAGCCCAUUUCACGGUCAUUUGUUCAAUUUCUUCAGUCUAUGCAUAGUGGUGUUUUGCCUGCAUUGAGGCUGACACCACAACCGUAGCAUCUCCUGGCAGGCUGCUGGUGUGUGGAAACACCUGUGUGGAAAAAAAGUGCUUGCCACGCUUUUCUGUGAGAAAGGCUGAUUGAAAUCAGAACGAGAACGCCUUCCCUCACACACAGCAGAAUCUUGUUCACAGGCAGAGGCCUUGUCAGAGGCCUUCACCAAGGUUUUCUGGCUGCUUACAGAGUCUGUUGUGAAGUACGGAGAGUUUGGAGAACGGUCCCCAGCCAAGUGGGAAGAAAGCAAGUGAGCUUUCCUGACCUCUUUCCAAGCUGAACACUUUUUUAUUUUUGUUGAAGGUGUUUACACCUUGCUUUAGAUUAUAACAAAAACAAGCCGUGCUGAGCUAGAAGGAGGUCAUUUAGUCAUGAACACUGAAAUGAGUGGAGAUUCUGUUCCCGGUCACAGUCCUUGAAUCUAAGCAGAUGUCAAUAAUUAGCACUGAGGGAGUAGGGUGAGGUUUUCAGUGUUAGUCAGAUAAAUCAAACAGCAUGUGUGCCUCUUCAUCAGGCCCCGAUUGCUUACAGUUCCUGACUGAUCCGGAUGCUGCCUCUGCCCAGGAGGCUGCUCCAUCCUGUGAUGGUGAUUACUGACCCACAUGGCCUCUUCUCAGAGGAGUUAGGCAACUUGGAACAUUAAGCCUUAGGUCUCUUCCUGUUCUGGCCAUUGGCAGAGCUGCUGAAUUUUGCUUCUGAGCUGCUAGGAGGCAGGCACCAGCCCACGGCUUGGCAGUUUGUCCCACCACGUGUUUGAGGUUUCUUCCAGUUUAUAGGAAAGCUCUGACACAUUUUUUUGGUGUACUUUCUUUUUCAAAAGUUUCAUUUCUUUCCUUGUUUAAAAAUGAACAAACAAAAAGUCCACAAAAACUUGGAGAUUUUUAAAAAUUUUUUUUUUAAAAAAAUUAUUAUUAUUCCUUUCCAUGGAAAGCCUUUUUUGGGGAUGUUUGCAUACAGGUGCGUUCAUUUACUCUGUAGUACCCACCAUGGUAUUUCAGGCAGAAUGACUAGGGAAUAAACUCUUCAUUGGAUGGUAGAGAAGAGAUGUUGAGGGGGGCAUAGGACUUUUGGGGAGUCAUUUUGAGUGACAGAUGCACUUCAGCUCUUGGGGGAAAACCCAGUUUCAGGUCCUGCCUGGCUGUUUUCCUAAGGAAGGGGAAUGAAAGGCUCCCUCCUAUCUUCAGUUUUCCAGAAAGAAUGGUUAAUGAAUUUUGAAGGUGUGGUUAGUUUUUUUUUUAUUUUUAUAACAUUAAUUUAUGACUGAGUUUCAUUCAGCCCAGUAAUCAAAAGUGCGGUGCAACUUCUAGCAGUCUGUCUCCUAUGGCGUGGGUGGUAGAGUAGCCAAUAUGUACAAAGAAAUUAAACCAAGUAUUUUGUCCUAUGUAUAACACAAAUUAAUUUUACACAGAGAA